AUGAUACCUAUUUCAGAGAGCCAAAAACGAAGGGUGGGUUUUCAUUCAAGAAAAGCUUUCGUUUCUUCAAGUUCAACAUCAAAGAAGGAAAGUGUAAAAUGUUUUUUUUUGUUAUCGCCUUUUACUGAAACCAAUUUAUCUCAUAAUUAUCCAGAUCCUUUCUUAAGAAACGUGAUCCACAUGAAUUUUAAUUACACCAUUGUAAUAGAUAUCAUUUAUGCUGUAGAAAAGGAGUUAGAAGAACGGAAUUACUCUGAGUGGCAAUGA